GCACUAGCGGAAACGUCGUGAAGUGACAGCAGACAGCAGCAGCUCGCGGUGAGUGGAGCGCCGCAGCCGCACCGUUUCCCGCUCUAGUACCGAGGCGGAUAUCGAAGCGAGCGAUCGGACGUAAUCUAGUGUCCGUGUGGUCGACGAGACCUCCGAUUCCCGUCCUAGCCAUGGACGAGCAGGCGGGCCCCGGUGUGUUCUUCAACAACAACAACAACUCGGUUCUUCCCGGAGGAGCGAAAGCGCCUCAACCGGGCGACGGCGGCGGCGGAGAGACGGCCCGCGCUCAGUACAGUAUCCCGGGGAUUUUACACUUUCUGCAGCACGAGUGGGCCCGGUUCGAGGUGGAACGAGCGCAGUGGGAGCUGGAGCGGGCCGAGCUGCAGGCUCAGAUUGCGUUCCUGCAGGGAGAGAGGAAAGGCCAGGAGAACCUGAAGAAGGAUCUGGUGAGACGGAUAAAGAUGCUGGAAUACGCUCUCAAACAGGAGCGAGCCAAACACCACAAGCUGAAGUACGGGACGGAGCUGCACCAGGGGGACAUGAAGCCGCCCAUCUACGACUCUGAUGAGGGGAACGAGAACGAGGCUCUUCCUGAACCACCCAACAGUCAGCUGAGCUGGAAACAGGGACGACAACUGCUGAGACAGUAUCUGCAGGAGGUGGGCUACACCGACACCAUCCUGGAUGUGAAGUCUCAGCGGGUCAAAGCACUGCUGGGUCUGUCUGGAGACCAGCGCUCCGAGCCCAUGGUGAACGGGACGGAGCCGGCCUCGCUGAAGGACAGCACUAACACCGUGAUCGGUAAAGCGGAGAUGACGGACUCCACCUCGGUGCUGGAAGCCUUCAAGUUCAUCGAGAAAGCCGCCGCAGAGUUCAGCGAUGAAGACGAGGAUGAAGACAGCGAGGGACAGAACAAGAGCGUCGUGGACCUCUCCACCAUGGUGAGGAGGAAGGUGUCUCCGUCUCCCUCCUCUUCCUCAGCUGACAUGAGCGAUGACUUGGACACAGACGAGGUUCUGAAGGGAUUCGACUUCCUGGCCAACAGUGAGGACAUGGAGGGCUCGUCCGAAGCGCCGUCCUCCGACUGGGAGAAGGAAGCGCAGAGCCCCUCGUCUGAGUCCUGGGAUGUGGAUGAGGGUCUGAUCUCUAAACUCAAGGAACAGUACAAGAAGGAGCGCAAGGGCAAGAAAGGGGUGAAGAGGCCGAACCGCUGUAAGCUGCAGGAUAUGUUAGCUAACCUGCGAGACGCGGAGGAUCUGUCGUCCAUCCAGCCGCCGGUGGCUCCUCCGGUCCGUCCCAGCAUGCCCCGUCUCAGUGACCCCCCACUGGGACGCACCGAUGAGGUGGAAGCGCUGACGUUCCCCCCGUCCUCGGGAAAGUCCUUCAUCAUGGGGACGGAUGAGACGCUGGAGAGCGAGCUGGGUCUCGGAGAUCUGGCCGGACUCACCGUGGCCAACGAGGCCGAGAAUCUGUCCUACGACAUCACUAAUAAUAAAGACGCCCUGCGGAAGACGUGGAACCCCAAGUUCACGCUCAGGAACCACUUCGAUUCGAUCCGCGGUCUUGUGUUUCACCCCGUCGAGCCGGUUCUGAUCACCGCGUCUGAAGAUCACACGCUCAAGAUGUGGAACCUGCAGAAAACUGCUCCGGCCAAGAAGUGCGCUGCUCUGGAUGUGGAGCCCAUCUACACGUUCAGAGCUCACAGGGGUCCGGUUCUGUGUGUGGUGAUGAGCUCCAGCGGUGAGCAGUGUUUCAGCGGCGGUCUGGACGCGUCCAUCCAGUGCUGGAACACACCGAGCCCCAACAUUGAUCCGUACGACUCGUAUGAGCCGUCGGUGCUGCGGGGGGCUCUCUCCGGACACACAGAUGCAGUCUGGGGUUUGGUGUACAGCUCGUCUCAUCACAGACUGCUGUCGUGUUCUGCUGAUGGGACGGUGAGGCUCUGGAGCGCAGCAGAUACUGCACCCGCCAUCGCCGUCUUCAACCAGGACAGAGAGCUGGGCGUCCCGUCGUCGGUGGAUCUGGUCUGCAGUGAUCCGGCUCACAUGGUCACAUCCUUCACUAACGGCCGGACGGGGAUCUUCAACAUGGAGACACGACAGCUGGUGCUGGAGCUCGAGUCGCAAGCGGCCGGAGAACCCGAUGCACCGUGUCAGAUUAAUAAAGUGCUCAGUCACCCGACGCUUCCCAUCAGCAUCACAGCACAGGAGGACCGACACAUCCGCUUCUACGACAACAACACAGGCAAGUUGAUUCACUCGAUGGUGGCUCAUCUGGAUGCGGUCACCAGUCUUGCGGUGGAUCCCAACGGUCUCUAUCUGAUGUCUGGUAGUCACGACUGCUCGGUGCGUCUCUGGAACAUGGAGAGCAAGACGUGCAUCCAGGAGUUCACGGCUCACAGGAAGAAGUUCGACGAGUCCAUCAACGACGUGGCGUUCCAUCCCACCAAGUGCUACAUCGGCAGCGCGGGAGCCGACGCCCUCGCCAAAGUCUUCGUAUGACCUUCAACCUCCGACCGAAACUGCCUCCACAAACUCCUGCGCGGUGAGGCCUGAAGGCCGAGACCGUGACCUCUGCUCUGAUGAACCAGGCAGGCCUGGGUGCUCGAGGGGAAGUCAACACACACGGAGGAACAUCUCCGUUCAGCCUCACAGGAAGUUGGGUGCUUCCCACACUUCUUUAGUUUUAGUUCUCCUUGAGUUUCUCUUCUCCUCCUCCAUCUCUGGUUUUCCCGUCUAGCGUUCGCUCCUUUUAAAACGACGUGCCUUUUGUUUCAAAACGUGGAUUCUCCUCGAGGGAAAAGAACCCCGUCGAUGUUUUAAACUCAUUAAAUGCAUCAUAUUAUUCGGAUGGAAAGUUGAGCUCGGUUAAGUUUCUCAAGCAAGGUCAAAAUCCUAAACCAAAACGGACGAAAUGCAUUGAAUUAAAAGACUCAAAUUGAAUGCUUCUCAUGUCUAAAUCGAAUUGUACAUAAUAUAACAUAAAAAUAACUCUUGCAGCUCAGACAAAGUACUAAAUUUCUAUAUGUUUGUG